AUGAUUUCAUCAACGAAUGUCAUGUUCACUCACCUCUCUAGUGAAGUUACAAAGAGUGAUCUAAUGAGCCUUGCUGCCAUAUUCGGAAGUAUACGUUCAGCAAAAAUCAUGAUUAAUCUUGAAACAGGUAAGUCCAGAUGCUUUGGCUUUGUCGACUUCAUUGAUCCACAUGAUGCUUCAAAAGCAGUAUAUUCAUUGGAUGGAUUAAUGGUGAAAGGAAAAAAGAUUCACACCAAAUUUGCAAGUUCAUGUGAAAAGUAUGGGAAACCUUCCAAAACGGUAUUUGCCAAAAGUCUACCCCUAUUUUAUAAGGACAAGGACAUCUACGAUCUAUUCUCCAAAUCUGGAAAAGUUGUAGCCGUUAAAUGUGUUCGCCAGUAUUCCGGAAAGAAACCAAUAAGAGGUUACCAUAUAAUGUUUGAUUCAAUUCAAGAUGCAUAUUCUGCCAUCAGGAUGUAUGAUAACGUCACCAUUAUUGAGAAUGGAUGGCCGCUCUUUAUUAGAUUUACAAAAGAUGAAGAACUGGUUGGGCCUAAGUUCAUGAACAACGAGUCUAAUCUGAAAAAUCAGAUUUCAUCAGGAAUGAUGUUUAAUAAUCAUAUUGAAAAAUCCUCUACAGACCAAUAUUGGUCUAAUUAUUUGUAA